AAUUAACUCACGGUCCGAUCUUGAAUGGAAAUAUAUGAGGGCUAAAAUUAUAUUAAGCAUGGAACACAGCCCACUUAGUCCACCACCCAUUAAUAUCCUUGCGUUGGGAUUAUCAUACCUCCAAAAAGGGUUCGGCCGUUUGUCUGAAAUUGCAAAGCCGCGUGCAGAUCCCUUUGUGCGACAAAAGCUAACCGACGUAGUACCAUGGUCAGAAACCAUGGACGCGUAUGAGAAGAAAGGAGAAGACUUUGGAUUAUCGGAUGUGGAUGAAUUCCAGCACGUUGACGAAGAAUAGCUGAUUAUUUAAUUAACACUCUUAAUUAGAAAAGCUGUACAGUAUACCUAUAUUCUCGCCCUUCCCUGGUCUCUUUGUGGAUUGCAGUAUGUGUGUGAUAUGACAAAAUUUCUAAUUUAACCACCAACUGGACAGAUACCUAAAACCCUGUUUUAGUAUGACUGUUGCGUUCGGUAUGUUGUCAAAUUGAUGGAGAGAGAAACGAAGUUCGAAUCAAAACACCGGCUCCAUCCCACUGAUUCCCACAUACGUGUGCAGCUAACCGCUAAGUAUUUACUGCAUUGUUUGUGUUGGGGAACAUUAUCGAAAGAAAAACCAUGGAUUCCCUGGAGGCUCCAAAUAUCAGUCUUUCGCCAUCCGAAAAGGACAAUUCCGUGCGGGAUGUUCGAAUAAAACAAGUGCAUAAUACCGACGUGGCGGAACUUACCGCCAUCAGAUUGGAUGCAAACAAUAGCAGCAAUCAGGAUGGUCAUGGAUCGUUACUAACUGCAAUCUCUGCCGACAACCUGCUGGAUCUACCAUCUGGUAUCUCAGAACGUUUACGAGAAGCGGCUAUUUCUAAGCAGUGGCAUCUGCUACGAAAAUAUCUGGAAAUUAUCCAGAUCUGGCAGUUAAACCCGGCAAAAGCGGAACGCGCAAAGGAGUAUGCAGCAAAUGUUGUCCUCGGGGAUAAACAGUCACCUUUGCUAAAUAUUUGUGCUCUGCACGGACAACUUGAUUUAGUAGCAACUCUUCUGGAAAUCGGUGUAGAUGUAAAUGCCGUCGACCAGCACGGAAAAUCUGUAUUGCACGCAUGCGCAGAAUGUGGCAUGGAUUCUCAGUCCACAGACAUGAUGACAUUUCUAAUAUCGCACGGAGCAGAUGGAACAAUUGUAGACAAGGAUGGUCGUUUGGCGCUACACAUAGCAUGCAUGCGCGGCUCGGAUGCGGCUACCGCAUUGAUCAAUCUCCUGUUUCCAGUUUCCGGCGAGAACGCUCGCCUUAUAUGUGACAAGGAAGGAUACAUUCCUUUCUGGUUAGCGGCAGGGAAGAAGAACACGAGUUUGUUAAGACUGCUCCUUUCGGAAAAGGCCGACGAGCAACUAUCCUACCAGAACAUGCAAUUAGACGGCGAUACUUUAGCACAUCUCUUUGUCCGGAAUCAAGAAACCGGAAUGGUCAAGGUGCUAAUUGAAUCGGGAACUCCUUUAAAUCUGCAGAAUAACAAAGGCGAAACAUUGUUACAUCUUGCGGCAUCCACCGGAAACAGCAGCCUUCUGGAAUCGUUCAGGAGAUUUCACGUUACAACAGACAUUAAGGAUGAGGCAGGUGCUAAUGGAUGUUCACCGUUACAAGCCGCAGUUUUAAAUGGACAAGCAGAAUUUUUACAGCAGUAUCUGGCAAUGUUUUUGGAAGUAAGCCUUAACGAAAGAACCGAGAGUGGCCAGACAAUGGCGCAUCUCGCUGCGGCGAAAGGCUAUGUGGAAGUUUUGAAAGUCUUGAAGUCAAACGGAUUGUCCUUCAACAUUCCGGACAAAGCAGGACGUCUGCCAUUACACGUGGCUGUUCUCACCGGAGACGAAACAACAAUUUUGGCAAUAAUCAAAUUUGUGUCCUUUAUUGAUAUCCCAACCAAAGACGGGUACACCGCUCUACAGUUGGCGGCCAUGGAAGGCAAGCACGACGCUAUAGACAUCCUUUUAGGACACGGAGCCAGUGUUGACGCGAACGGAGGACCUCUUUGUGAGGCUCCCUUACAUUUGGCCGCUAAGUUACCAAAGGAAUUUUUACCGGCACGCAACCUUGUAUUAUCGGGCGCAAAUUUAAACCUGCAAAAUUCACUGGGACAAACCGCGCUGCACAUAUCGGCUGCGUCGGGGAAUGCGGCAGUUGCCGAACUACUUCUGGAAGAAAACGCUUUGCUUCAUACCGUCGACCAGGAGGGCAAUACGGCGCUCCACACUGCUUGCUUGUAUGGAAAUGUUCAGGUUGCCCGUGUGAUACUGAAGUAUGGGAAUGCCGUCGAAAACAACAACGUUACCGGUAUCCGUUCGGCGGUGCUUCAUAUGAGAAACAAAAUUGGAGAAACACCGCUACACGGUCUUUGCCGUUGUGAUGCAGAUCAAAAACAACGCAGUAUCAGAACGGAAGAUGUGGCUGGUCUAGCUGUCUUCCUGUUGGAUCGUGGCGCCAUUGUUAAUGCUCGAACUACUGAGGUCACUUAUUGA